GUGAUCAACACAUCGCAAAGCAGAGAUCAAGUGUGAGUGUAAAGUGUUGUGACUGUGAAAAUGUGUAAAGUGCAAAUGCUGAGAGCGUUGGUGAAUCAGCGACUAACUGCGGCUGUUGAAGAAAUAUUUGUAGUUUUGGAAAGAACGAUAGCAGAGUACGAGGGGGAACUUUCUAGAGCAAAAGAGGAGAACGAGCGACAACGAAAACUACUGGACACUAUUUUCAAGAAGCCUCACGUUGUGUUAUACAGAGAAGAUGUCAGUGAAGAACAUCUUCCCCCUAAGAAGCUGGAGUGGAGCUCCAGGAUGGAGCAGAAGAAGCCUCAGCCUCCCCACAUUAAAGAGAAAGAGGAGGAGCCGCAGCCACCCCACGUAAAAGAGGAAGAGGAGCAUCAUAGCAUCAGUCAGGUGGGAGAGCAUCUUGAAGGACUGGAGGAGUUCCCAGUGAUUGGCGUCCCUGAGAAGAGUGAAGAUGAUGAAGACAAAGGUGAAAGUGAAGAGAAGAGAGAGGUGGAGCCUCCAAGCAGCAGCUCAACUCAACACAUGACAACAGAAGCUGAUGGAGACCACUGUGGAGGAUCACAAGCAGACAACCUCUUAGCUCCACUAUCAGAUAGUGACGACACAACGUCACACUCUCCUGACACUGAUGAUGAAGACUCUAAAGCUGAUAUGACAUGUCACACUGACAACACACACUUUAAAUGCUGUCACUGUGACAAAACUUUUAAUGACCGCGGUAAUAUGAAAAGACACAUGAGACUACACACAGGAGAGAAACCAUUCACGUGUUCAGUGUGUAAUAAAAGAUUCUCUCGGAAGGAACAUUUGACAAGACACACAAGAAAACACACUGGUGAGAAACCUUUUACCUGUUCAAUGUGUGGUAUGGGUUUUGGACAUAAUCACCAUUUCAAAGCACACAUGAGAAUACACACUGGUGAGAAACCUUUUACCUGUUCAGUGUGUGGUAUAUGUUUUGGACAGAGGUAUAUGUUGAAAACACACCUGGGAAAACACACUGGAGAGAAACCUUUUGCCUGUUCAGUGUGUGGUAUACAUUUUGUACGAAAUCAGUAUUUGAAAAGACACAUGAGAAUACACACUAGAAAUAAGCUAUAUUUGUGUUCAUCCUGCAACAAACGCUUUUUAGACCGAGCAACACUUGUAACACACAUGAGAAUACACACUGGUGAGAAGCCUUUUGUCUGUUCAGUCUGUGGUACAGGUUUUGGACAAAGUGCACAUUUGACAGCACACAUGAGAAAACACACAGGAGACAAACCUUUUACCUGUUCAGUCUGUGGAAAAGGUUUUGGACUAAAUCACAAUUUGAAACAACACAUGAAAAGACACACUGCUGAUAAAGUGUUGAGUUGCAGUGUGUGUGAUGAAAGAUUCUUUUAUAAGUACCAGCUUAACAAUCACAAGUGUGCUGGUGAGAACAGCAGCAGUAAAUGACGUUGCAGGGCUUGAAAUAAACUGUCAAGAAUUUGAUAACUUCCACUUUCUAACUUCUACAAAUAAUGUGUGUGAUAUUGCUGUGUGUGUCUCGUCAAUGCGUU